AAUGUUGGCAGCGCGGUGCUUAAAGCACGUAUCCGCAGACCAACGCAUCGCCUACGUCACAGCAAUUCACUUUUGGUUGUUGUUCACCCAGUUGAUGAGCGGCAGUGUGGCCACGUUGCAAAAUAACAUCAGCAAUGCGAGCAGUAGCUCACCGCCACAACCCAGCGGAUUCGUCUCAGCAACACCCUCAUCCUCACCCGCGCUAAUGUCAGCAACGCUGAUGGACAAAACAUUGACAAACUGCAGCAGCGCGAACAGCUCUAGCUGGUGUCCCAUUUGUGCCACAGUCAACAAUGUCGACUAUGUGCUCUUCGGUAGUGCAUAUUUACUGGAGCAAACCAACCGUGAGCGUCAACCUUUGAACGCUGGGCACAAAGGAAACGCAGCGGGAGCGGUUUUUAGGGAAAUUGCGAUGGGAUUGUGUCGAUCUGGUUGUAGCGCUGUAAUUUGUGAGGACGGCGGGCAACCGAUUUGUGCCCGAAAUGUACAAAGUGAUGAAGUCCGCAGCUUCAGUGGGCAGUGUAAUAUGGCGCGCGAUGUGUGUCUCAAUGGCAAUGAUUGGCAACUUAUACAAUCCGACGUUUGCCUUAAAAUGAACGCCGAUCCGGACCAAAUACCCACAACGACAACUUCCCAAGCGCAAAGCACAACAACUAUCUCCACUACAGCAGAUAAGUUAAGCCGAGAAAAACUACCAGCGAAGCGAGUAAAAAAAUUUCGUGGAAAGUCUAUACCCUGCCCGAAGGUAUUCAAUCCAGUUUGCGCUGAGCUCCUUGGCGUCAAGGCGACUUUCAUCAACGAAUGUCUCGUGAAUGCGGAGAACAUUAAUUUUGGCAAAACUUGGCAAAUAUUCUCCACGGGCGUCUGUGCAGAGGAUUACGCCAGCUCUGAAACGCACAAAAACGUAAUUGAAAAACGUAGUUGGCCGGUUGGCACAGCCACUGUAACGUAUAAUCUAAAUGCACCUUAUUUGGGUAUGAAGGAGGAUGUGCCGUGGACAGCAAAUAUCGAAAAUACCAAUUAUAUGAAUAAUGAUGUGUUCAGUGCGUAUGGUGGGCAAAUGCGUAGUAUUCUCCAAUACAGUCAACCCUUUGGAGCAAUGUUUUGCGGUGAGUCUUCAUUGGAUACCAUGCCGCAUAGUAUACGCUUAUUUCCGGCGGUCGAUGAUCGCGUGUCGGUGUGCAAGUUUGGUGCUGGUUCUGUUUGUGGCAGUUCAGCGAAAUACAGAGCCCACAAAUUUGAAAAUAUCUGCGAACUGCUACUGAGGAAUGUAAUUUUAAAUGAAGCUUGGACUGUCGUUAAUGAUGGCUAUUGUCGAAAUUGUAUACUAAAUUGUACAACGGAUUACGAUCCGUUUUGUGUCUCAAGGCAAGGCCUCAACUAUACGAUAAUCAAUCAGUGUCAUCUGGAUUAUGCGCUUUGCCGCAGUAACGCGCUGAAAGUACUUGGUAGAGGUGACUGUGCAAAUGUUUUGAAAAAUCUUACUCAAAAAGGUUAUGAACAGCCUGGUCCUAUUCAAAACGAUGCCUACCUACCCAGACUCGCUCGGAAAACUUUGGAUGAUAUAUUAAAUGAGGAUGAAGGAAGUGUUUUGAGUGAGAGUUUUUCAACGAUGAGCUUAACGGAAAGCCCAGCUGAAAUAAUUUCCGCGCAGACUGGAACUUCACCGAAAGUGUUUACUAAAGAGACCACUGAGUUUAAUGCUCCCACUACUUCCACAACAACGGCGAGUACCGAAACUCAGCAAACGCAAACAGUGAGAGAAACUCAUAUAAUGAAUUUAUGGCGUGGUUCAAGAACAAAAUCACGUUUCAGCAGCAGAAAGAGAAAUAAUAGCUCUUAAUAAUUAUAAGUAAAAAUCUGGUCACAUAGAUGUAGUUUCGUA